UUGUUUAACCGUUUGGUUGUGCGCCAAAGCGAACGUUUCUAUGACAACAGCAAUACAAGUUUAUGCUUCAGCUAUUGUUAGGAAGUUGGAUUAACUACUAUUAGUUAGUUUAUGCAACAUAUACUUGCUUUUGUUUUAAUUAACGUCAAGGCAGCAGCGUGUAAGCAAUAAGUUGACAAUGGCUUUAAUUGAGAUGCGAGCUAACGAAAUACCGCGAAUGAAUGAAACUGAAUCUCUUUUACACAGCGCACGAAGAACAUUGCACUUAGUUAAGAUGAUGAAAGCCAUGGAUGCCAAUCGCUAUGCGACUAAGAAGACUAUAGCCCAAGGCAUGCUGGAUAUAGCUUUGUUAACCGCAAAUGCCUCUCAGCUUAAGUACAUACUGCAAGUGGGCGAACAGCAUCAGUUCUAUAAGCUUAUGUUGAUCCUAAUCAGCUUAUCUAUUGUGCUACAGAUACUAUCUGGCGUACUAAGUUUGUCACUCAGUUUAUUGCGGGAUUGCCGCAUGCAUCAGCCAGAGUUCCAUCAAUCAGCCAAUAUAAUCAAUCACAUACGGACUGGUUUCGCGUUUUUUACAACUAUGAUUAAUCUCUUUAUAUCGGCAUUUGAUAGUCGUCUGCCACCGCCACAGGGCGAGCUAUUAAAUGAUGUUAAUUAAAGCCUUAUGGUUGGCAUUCUAUUUGUGGCUAUUGGCAGUCUAAACAUAAACAAACAACAAGAUCAGACGGCGGCUAUAAUAUUAAACGAU